AAAAUAAAAAAAAUAUGGCCAUUCUCUUGACCUUCUUCCUGGCCCUCUUUACCGGCUCCCACGCGUACAACGCGUUCUUCAAAUGGUCAAACCCCUUCCAAACCAACAAUGGUCCACCUCCAGGCUUCGAGGCGGCUUGCAGCGCCGAGGCCACCUUCCAGGCCAAGCAGUACACCGUGAGCGACCUAGACGGCGCCUGGCUGGCGCCCGUCCAGGAGUUCCUGGCGCGCCACACCUACCCCGGCGACUGGGAGGGCCCCGGCGCGGGUGACGACAACAACAACAACAACCACAACGUCGUGGUGGCCGUCGAGUACGCGGACGUGCCCGAGGCCGUCAAGACGUGGGUCGAGGAGCAGUACGAGGGUUGGACGGCGGAACAAGCUGCCGGUGCAUCCAUGAAGAAGUGGCACCUCUUUGGCGUUUUUGAGAAGCCAGUGGGGGAACAGGCCACCGCCAGGUUUGUCUUGCCGGGAAGGGACACAGCGGUGACAGUGGCGGAGGUGGAGGAACAGGCCACGCGAGAGGGCCAAGAUCGGGAGAAGGUGCUCGUAUUUGCCCCGGCGGCAAUCUAUGAGAUACUGCCGUUGUGGGUCGCGAAGGGGAGUGGGUGCGAGAAUGAUUUGCUGGACCUCACGAAAUACGAUGCUGAUGCUAAGGAGGGCGGGGUCGUCGCCUGGCCGAUAGAGCGUACGGCCCCGAAUGAGAAGUCUAAAGAUCCAAACAUCUCGCUAAAAAUCAGAGCCUAUGUGACGCGCGAGACGGAGGAAGCGAAGGCGGCGCGGAAGAUGUUCGAGCAUAUGUACAAGACCAUCCGCAGACAGACCAGGAAACAAGAGAAGGAGGAGAGGAGGAAGAAGAAGAAGGAGCUUGCAAGGGACGAGCUUUAG